AUGCGAAGGGUUGUUUCAGUCAUAGCUGUUCAGCAUCUCGCCUGCAGCCUUCUUCUGAUUAGUUGCUGUGUCGCGUUGAUUUUCUUCGAGGUGACGGAGCCGAGCACAGCCCGGAUCGGCCUCUGGUCAGGUAGCCUACUUUUCCUGCCCACAGUGGGAACCGUUGUGGCCGCCUUCAGUGAAUCUCACGGCAACCUGACCUUGAUCCUUCUCGAUCUGACAGGUUUCAGCAUCUGCGUCAUAGGUAACAUCAUGUCGCUGAUUGAGCGAAAGGGCAAUCCGAUUGCCACUUUUUGGCUGGAAUUUGCUGCUCUCCUUUUCCUCGUUUAUGAUCUGAUAUUACUU